AUGGGCGGCGCCGUCAAUGCCUACAUCACUGGUCUCGAUCCCAGCGGCCGCAUCGUCUUCGUCCAACCCAAUGGACAAUUCUUCUACCCAUACGCCGAUGCCAGCUACACCGCUCCUCGCGAAGUCUUCGCUAACAUCGCCAUCCCACUCAACACCGUCAGAGGUGGCACAACUCGUAUCGUGCUGCCAAACUACAUCUCCGCCUCCCGAGUAUGGUUCGCGCAGGGCAAUCUCAAAUUCUACUCUGUCUGGGCCGGCAAUGGCCCCGGAUCAGUUCAGCCUUCGUUCGCAAACCCUCGCGACCCCUCGGCUGGCAUCAACUGGGGUUUCGUCGAACUCACCAACAACGCAGGUGGACUCUACGCCAACCUCAGCUACGUCGACUUCGUCGGUCUCUCACUCGGCAUGUCCAUGCAAGGCGGCAACGGCCAGACUCGCGUUGUCAGAGGUAUUCCUCCCGGCGGCGUGAGCGGCAUCUGCUCCUUGCUCGCGGAGCAACAGUCGCGCGAUGGCCAGCCUUGGAGCAGCCUCUGUCAAUCCGGCAGCAAUGGUCCUCUUCGUGUCGUCGCCCCAUUCCCAUACCAGGCUUCCGGCAAUGGUGCAUUCGGCAAUUACUGGACCGACUAUGUCAACCAAGUCUGGAGUCGCUACACUCAGAACACUCUUACCAUCGACACGCAGUCUGGUGCCGGCAAAGUCGCCUGUCGUGUCAACAACAACGUCCUCACCUGUGCAGGCGACAAUCGCGGCUAUGCGAAGCCCACGGCCGGUGAUAUCUUCGGCUGCAACUCUGGUCCUUUCGCGAUUCAAGGAUCCGACAAUGGAGUCCACCGUGCAGUCGUUCCGAGACUGUGCGCAGCGUUCAACCGCGGAACAUUGUUAUACGAUGGCGGCAACAUCCAGCCAAACCUGCCGGCGGACAGAUACUACAAGACGAGGCCGAACAACCGCUACAGCGGGAUUGUGCAUCAGAAGGAACCCGACAAGAAGGGCUAUGCUUUCAGCUACGAUGAUGUGAACCCAACUGGAGGCGUGGAUCAGUCGGGCACGCUGGCUGAUGGCAAUCCUCAACUUCUGUCCAUAUUCGUGGGAGGGACCUAG